AUGACGAUGGCCUCCGCUAGCCCCGCCAGCCCGCUGGGUAAAGGCACUCCGAGGGCGCAGAGGAGAUUCAGCUUCUGCUUUUCCUCGGAUGAAAAGGACAUUAGCAAUGAAAAUGUUACGCUCGAGCUGCCAGAGCUGAACGAGGCGAAGGCUUUGGCAAAUCAGUCCGAUGCAAGUCCUCGGACCCAGCUGGCCAGCCGCCAAAUUGUCAAUGCCUCUGACAAGAAAGAGCUGGGUGUCUUGCCUGUGGCUAAACCUCCAGCAGAAGCUCCAAAGGAGCCAGCUGAGGAGGUCUUCAAAGGAAUAUCGAGGAGCACGCAGAUCCUCUACUGCCUAGUCUUCGUGACCAGAUACCUGGACCUCCUAGACAAGACUCAGGCGUUCUACCUGGUCUUCUUCAAGAUCACGUAUAUCGUGACUUCCAUCAUCGUCCUCGCGGUGUUCUAUAAGCUGGAUGCCACAUACGAGCGCCAAAAGGAUACCUGCAGUUUAGCAGCAAUCCUGGUGCCGUGCAGCAUCAGCGCAUUACUCCUAGCCGAGACGUACCAGGCCGUUGAUAUUCUAUGGACGUUCUCGCAGUUUUGCGAGGGCUUUGCCAUGGUUCCUCAGUACGUCUUCUGCUACCGGGAUAGGUUGGCAAAGGAUGUCGGCGUCACCCUCUACGUGCUGUCGAUGGGCAGCGAUCCCAGCAUCUUCGAUCGGAACUGUUUUGAGUCCGCAACCUGA